UAAAUGCAUCUGUUGGCAGCAUCCUCCGGUGGUUUAUUAAAGAACUGGGGGUGAAGUUGAAUCCAUUCGUCCUGGUGAACGAGAACACUUUCUUCCUGGUGAACGGGCUGAAGAAGAAGAGGACAUCCGCUGUGAAGGCUGAUCCAAACAUCUUGAAGUAUAACGUGUCGGAAGGCGAGAGGGGGAAGUCUGCAGACAAGCUGCUGCAGACGGCUCUGCAGAAGGUGAAUGAUGAAGUGAAGGCACAUGGCUGCAUAGCUGCGCUACAGAAGUACGACCACUACUCUUUGGAGGAGUAUCUGAAUGCAGAAGGUGACUUGAGUCCGGAGGCGAUUAGGAUGAUCGGAGACCUACUGAACGAAGAGAGCCUGAUGAACCUGGCUCUGACCGAGAUUAUCUACCUCGAAAAAGACGUCAGCGACAACACCCA